GGGCAGUGUCAUACAGAACUCUCUGGGAGUCUGACUAACAGGGCAGUGUCAUACAGAACUCUCUGGGAGUCUGACUAACAGGGCAGUGUCAUACAGGCCUCUGGUUCCCCCUGGUGGCUGUUGGUGGGCUUUUAUAUCAAAAUCAUAUUGUCUUUCUGCUAUUCCCUCUCACCUGUAUGACUCUGUGUGUGUCGACUGUCCAGCAGUUGAGCCUACGGGGGAGGGGAACGGUAUGACUCUGCUGGUGGCUGUCCCCCUGCUGUUGCUCCUCUCUGUGGGUGUGUGUGGCCUGGUGCUGUGGCUCUGCUCCAGAUCACAUCACCACAGGCUUGGCUACAACAAGGACCGUGCCAUCACCAUGCUCAAGGUCCCCAGUGGGGCAGAUCCCACCUAUGGGGAUGUCUUUGAUGAGUUCUGUACCUCAGGCAGUGGGACUGGUCUGCCAUACCUGGUACAGAGGACCAUGGCUCGACAGAUCUCUCUGGUCGAGUGCAUCGGUAAGGGCCGGUAUGGAGAGGUGUGGAGAGGCACCUGGAUGGGAGAGAGUGUUGCAGUGAAGAUCUUCUCCUCUAGAGAUGAGCAGUCCUGGUUCAGAGAGACAGAGAUCUACAACACUGUACAGCUCAGACAUGACAACAUCCUGGGCUUCAUAGCAUCUGACAUGACGUCUCAGAACUCCACUACUCAGCUGUGGCUGAUCACCCACUUCCACCAGCUGGGUAGUCUCUACGACUUCCUCCAGUGCAGCAGCGUGGACCCAGAGGGCUGCCUAAGGAUGUGCCUGUCUGUAGCCUGUGGUCUGGUCCACCUUCACACAGAGAUACUCAGCUGCCAGGGCAAACCCGCCAUCGCCCACCGAGACCUGAAGAGCCGAAACAUCCUGGUCAAGAUGAACGGACAGUGCUGCAUCGCUGACCUGGGUCUGGCUGUGAUGCAUUCCCAGACCAGUGACUAUCUGGAUGUGGGGAACAACCCCAGAGUGGGAACCAAACGUUACAUGGCCCCAGAGGUCCUGGACGAGAGCAUCCGCAUGGACAUCUUUGAGUCGUACAAGCAGACAGACAUCUGGGCCCUGGGCCUAGUCCUCUGGGAGAUUUCCAGAAGGACCAUAGUAAACGGGAUAGUGGAAGAGUACCGUCCGCCCUUCUUUGACAUGGUGCCCUCUGACCCCAGCUUUGAGGAGAUGAAGAAGGUGGUGUGUGUGGACAAGCAAAGACCCUGUAUGCACAACAGGCUGCACUCCCACCCGAUCCUGUCUUCCAUUACCAAGAUAAUGAAGGAGUGUUGGUUCCAGAGCCCUCCAGCCCGCCUAACAGCUCUCCGUGUCAGGAAGACCCUCUCCAAGCUGGACCAGGACCAUGACUACCCCACAGAGAAACUCAAAAUGGAUCUGUAGGCCUCAACUCCAGAGCAGGACGGACGUCUAGACAAGCAGGACGUCUAGGCCUUAACAUAAGACUACAACCAGCACACCAACAUUAGGGCUGAUAGUCUUGUAUAGAGACUAUCGAUAUCCUUUGCUACUAUGUAAGACUCUCAGUGUCCCAUAUUUCUGGUGCCUCUUCCUAAAAGGCCCUCACCAACCGUCCGUAUACUGCCUGGAUCAUUUCAUCAGGAAUACGAUAGAAGAAUUUGAUGUAUUUGCUUUGGCAUAUUAAUUUGGCGAGAUCUGGAAUGAGACAAGCAUAAGCAUUGACAAAUAAGGACUUGGAUUUUAGAAGAGUUUACUGAAAGGACUUCCAUAGAACAUGGACAUUGUUUUCUCCUAGCGGCCCACAGGAUUGAGAGAUCAUCAGAGUUUGGUCCUUGUUAUAGCCUUAUCCUGUGAUGCUUUGGGGAUGGACGUGCUGUGCUGCCUUUGGAUCAGUGAGGCCUUGUGAUGUAUGAUCAGAAUGAUCACUACAAGCGGCCGUUAAUGUCUUGCUAGUGCCUUAUUUGUUUUGAUGCAGUAUACAUUUUGUAUAUCCUGGAAGCCUUUAGAGCUGACCAUAAACAGAACCCUGAUAAGGUGUUACUCAUGAUCAUAGUAUAAGCCCAGAGCUAAUGAAUUAGUUGUAUCUAGCAAUAGAAUAACGUAUCUUUCACCAGCAUUGGAUUUACUGUAAAAGCUGUUCAAAGUUAAAGUACCUAUGUAUAUUAUGAUAUUUAUGUAUUUCUAUUUGUCUUUUAUCUGAAAUUAUAUAUGCAAUACUUUCAGUGUAGAAAUACUAUCAUUAUCAUCACUACCAUUCAACAUUAAGGGAAUAAAAAACAUUACAUCGA